AGACCGACGCACACACACCCAGACCUGUGCACAAACACACGCAUACACACUUACAGCCACAGACACAGCCCCGGUCAUACAUGGCCAACCCCUGAUGAAGGAGCUGAGUAGGGGAGGUUGAAGUGCUCUGCAGAGCCCCAGUGGACAUGCCUAGCCCUGGGGGGGCCUCAGCCGAGAGCGACCUCAGCCUGGAGGACUGGAACCAGAGGCUCCGGAAGUUCACAUUUGUGCCUGUGCAGUGGAGAAUACCAAUUAAAAACGUUGUGUGGAAGCAGGGAAGAGGACAUCUUACAAGACAGGCUGAUGAGAACCCCGCCACUCUGGCGAGGAAGGAGAGAGAGAGUAUAACCGCUAGCAUGCUGUCUGACGGAGGACUGUACAAGGCCGAGGUGGUGUUCAUAGGGGACCCGGAGGUGUUGGGCUCCACAGACAGACCCAGGCAGGAGCCUCUCCCUCAGUGUAACCCUGCUGAUCACAUGACCCUUCCCCCACCCUCUCCCCCAAUCAGAGCUCAGCCGGGACACACAGCCCCCUAUGUGGUCGCUGCUAUGGAAACAGCUGUUAGCGAGCGAGGGGGCGUUCCUUCGUGGGGUCUCCGAGCCCCGGCCCUGGCAGAGGUCAGUCCGGGUCUAAACACAGCCCGUGAGUCAGAGAGAAGCAGCCCCUCCCCAGAUCUGUACCCCACCCCGGGCUCCUCCAGGGAGUCCAUCCUGUCAGAGGGCUGGGACGGAGACACCGGCUGGGGCCGGAGUUGGUGGGCCCUGCCCCCGAUGUCACCAGAGCCCUCCUCCCGCUUCUCCCCCUUCUCCCCCAGCCGCACCGUCUCCCCCUGCUCCUCCGUCAGGUCUGGAACCUUCACUCCCACUGUGGUGCGUCUGAGGAGACACGCCCUGGCCCCCGGCUCCCGCCUCUUCCACAUGCCCCCGCCCUCCGACCCCACCUGCGGGGACAGCCCCUGCCCCCUCUCCCCACGUGCCCGGCACCGCCCCCCUCCCACCCGCCUCUCCCUGCUCACCGCCAUCCUCAGGAAGGGUCGCCUGCCCGUGCUGUCUUCCCCCCACCAGAGGCCCUACACCCCCUGCUGGCCCAUCAACCCGCUCAGCCUGUCCACCUGCAAGGCCUGCUCUGCAGCCUCCAGCCUGGCGUCCAUCCAUCUGGAGCUCUCCUCCAGGGGCACGCCCCCGACCGGCACUUCCAGCCUGGCCCACGGCCACUGUUGUGGGGACGGGAGGGUGGUGUCGCCCCCUGGUGGCGGUCCUGCUCUCACCUCCACAGACAGACACUCAGAAGGACAGGGGCAGGAUAGGGGAGGGCUCUAUGGGAGGGGAACUCGAUCAUCUCCUACUCCAGCUCCACUGUCUCCCCUCCCUCCUCCUCUUUCUCCUCCUCUUCCUCCUCCUCUUCCUCCUUCUCUUCCUCCUUCUCUUCCUCCUUCUCUUCCUCGCCUGCCUUUCUCUCCUGACCUGCCCAAGUCUUCACUCCCUCCCUCCUCCUCCUCCUCGUCCUCCAGCCUCAGACCCAGACAGCCUCCUGAGCCGGACUGCUCCCCCCAGACCGCUGUGGCCCAGAUAUCUUUUCCACAUCCGUGCUCACCUGGAGCCAGACUCCUGACUCCUGAGAACACACCAAUUAACCCACAGCAGGACCGGAAUCACCAGAAGCCUGGUCCUCCACUCCACUCCUCCCAUCCCAAGCUGUUCUGCUCGUCCCCUCAACUAAUCAACACUCCAGGAGCCCCUGGAUCGCCGGCCUCCAGCCCCACCAGCCUCCCCGGCCCCGGGCCUCAGUCCUCGCUCUCCAGGCUGCACCCUGCCUCUCCAAUCCCCACUCCUCUUCCCUCUUUCCGCUCCUGUCCAGCUCUGGCUCCCCCCUCCUCUUCCUCCGCCCUCCCACGCCCACCUUCUCCAGCCUCCUCCCCCCUCCCAGCCCAGCCUCGUCCGGCCUCCACCCCCCCCGUGGCCCGGCCUCUCUUCUCGGACUCGCACAUCAUCACUGCUCCUCACCAGGGGCGAGGCCAACAAACACCUUCCCUGUUGUUCCAGAACGGUCUCUCAGACCGUCCACAGUGGCGCAAGCCUGCCCCUCACUGUCUGCCAGCCCCCCCAGCCCCUUCCUCCCUCCCCCGGGCCUACACCCUCUCCCCCUCCCGCUACACCCCCCUCGUGUUCCCGGGCUUUCAGUCUCCCGACCUCCACAUCUCCCGGCCCUCGCCCUCCGCCACACCAGACCGCCUCACCCUCUCCCCCUCGCCCGCACUGCCCUCCCGCACCCUCACCCUCUCCCCCUCGCCCGCACAGCCCUCCCGCACCCUCACCCUGUCCCCCUCCGCGUCACUGCGCUCCACCCCCUCGCCCCGGCCAGGAAGCGCCCUGUCUGACUGCUCCGACAGGGAGGGUGCAAAGAGAAAGCCGCACAAGAUCAAGCUAAGCUACAAAGCCCUCGCUGCAAUCCCAACCAACACCCUCCUGUUGGACCAACAGGCCACGGAGGACUCGGUGGAGACGCAGGGGGACCACUGGGACAGACUGCCCAUCGAGGAUACUCAUGUUGAGAUGUGCUCCCCCGCUCAGCUCAGACAGCAGAGUGAGGAGCUGUAUGCCGUCAUAGACAAGGUCCUGCAGAAUCCCCUUCCACUGCGUAACCCCUCCCCUGCUCGCUGGAGCUCUCGAGAGUUCCUGGACAGAGGUCCAGUCAAGCCCUGCACAUCAUCACCAAGAUCAAUGGGGCGUGAAACUAAAUAUGCAACACGGCACGCACACCCGACUCCAGACUCCAGCCUGCAGGAUCACCACACGACCAGGCCUGGCGUCAUCAAACCAGUCAACUCUAAUCCAAGAUUGACGGUUGCUAACGACGAUAAGGAUGACGAUGGUGACGGCUAUCAUGGCAACCCCUUCAGGCAGUACAUGCAGGACCUGUCACACAGUCACUCCAGCAAGCUUGAAAGCACCCGUCUGAGGACCGAGCCAGGGGCCGGAGGCUGUGCGGGGCUGGGGGCCAGAGGAGGGAGGAAGACAGCGCCUGGGGGCCCCGGGGGCCCGCCGUGCAUCUCUGCCCUCCUGAUAUCAGAGGGUGAGAGGCCACAUCCACCUGCAGAAGGAGGCGGGCUGAGAUCGCAGCCCCUCGGCAGCCCCGCCCAGCAGCCCCAGGCCCUGGAGACUCACAUCUAAGAUGCUGAGAAGAGCUGCAACUGACACAUCCUCCUGUGUUGGUCUGGGCCAUGUCCGGCUGACCUUCUAAAACAUUUGAAAACAUGAUAGGAAUCUUGCAUUUUGACCCUCCUACUGUUUUAUUUGAUAAUGCAAUCAUGUUACUCACCAGUUUGAAUGUCAUUUGAACCAUCAUGUUAUGUUGUUUUGGCAUCAAAGGCUACUUUUGGUAGGAAUUCAGAAUUUUCAUAGACAAAUGAUUUAUAUGAUUUUGGCACCAAUUUGAACAAUAUAAUUUUCAAUCAUAGUCAUCAGAAAUCAAAACACUUAGUUGAGAGUGAUUGCUCCUUCAGUCGAGAAAAGCUGAUGGGAUUUUAUAAUGCAAUACAAUUGUAAUGGAUGGAUCACACAUUGGGAAGGAUGAGAUGAGAGUGCAUGUCCUGGAUGAAUGGAGGCUAAUUUAGAAUCAUUGGCAUCAUUAUUGAUAAUAUCACAGAUGUGAAAGAUGUGCUUCUGCCCGAUGCUGAAUAAAAUGAUGUCAUAGCCA